CACACAGGUUUACUAUAGAUGAUUCCUUCAAUUGCGUCAUUAUCUCUGCGGCGGACUUCAGUCUCUCCCAUGCGACCAGGCCGGCUACUCGGUGUAUCUCGAAUACGGAGUUUCGCGAACAGUAGCUCCUCUCGUGGUGGAAAGAAGAACUUGUAUGAGGUCCUGGGUAUAGAGCAGAAGGCAACAGGAGAGGAGAUAAAGCAGGCUUAUCGUGAUAUGGCUAAGAAAUGGCAUCCAGACCGGAACCCGGAUGACCCUCUGGCUGGGGACAGGUUCAAGGAGGUAUGCGAGGCAUAUGCUACUUUGGGAAAUCAGUGGAAGAGGACUAUCUACGACCAGGAUAUGCAGUUUGGAGCGGCCCUCGACAGUCAAGCGAAGGGCGAGGACUGGAAGGAACAUUAUAACAAGGAAACGCCGGAGCAGCGGAAUGCACGACGAGAACGUUAUAGAAGAUACGCCAAGGGGGAAAGGAAUGAUGUGCCGCAGGACGAGAUGCCGCUGUCGAUGAUGAUCAAGCUGCUCAUCGCUGUGCCGGUUGUCGUUUGGAUCGGGUGCAUCCUAGCCCCCGAGUUCGGGCCUGGCGAGCGACCGUCGGAGCCAUCUCGAAAUGACCCUGGCUUUGAUGAUAAAUCUGUACCCCUUACUCGGGCAUAUUAUAACCCGAUAUUGGAAAGGUGGGAGAAACUAAAAGGAGUGGAGGAGCCUCCUGAUCCUGAGAAGUUUUAUGAUGUGUAUGAGAAAAACAGCGCGUAUGCGAGGCGGACGAUAGAUCGAGAUUACCUACCUCAGAACAAGCUUACGGUCUUGGAUGUGCCCAAGACGAAGGUCCACGAGCCCUCGGUGUCCGUUGACGAUGCUGGAGAGGUUACACCGAACAAGCGCAGCUUUUAUGAAGGCUUGGCGGCAGCAGCAACGAAGGAGAAGAAAUGAGAAGAAAUGCCUUUGAGUUGAUAGAGCCGUUUACAUUGCGGAGCGAGAGCUCGGCAGCUUAUCAUG